UAAUAGGUGGCCGAGAGCUAAUGACAAACGGGGAAGAGGGGAUCCUGUGGGCGGAGUAUGGCCAGAUCUGUUAUUGUUAAUGAAAGCCUCUGGAGCCGGAGUCAGUUUCCAACCAGCUCCCUGCCCAUUGUGUGCGCGACGCCCGUGUUUUUCGAGCUUUCCCCUGUUUUUCCGCCUUCGCGCCCGUUUCCCGCGCGGCGACUUUCCACUUUCUCUCCGUGACUUUCCGCACUUGUUGAGCUCGGUUUGAGUUUCGUGAUCUCAUACGUGUACACAUCGGUGAAGAAAAUAGUUUACAUCGAAAUUAAAAAUUCUAGUCACGAGGUUUGAAUGAUCGUUCCUACCUUAUAAAAUUCUUGUAAAAAAUUUCGCUUGCCAGCUCAGUUUUUCCUGCUCACAACUUUAGCAUCUUUGUGCGAGUGAUUAUACCUCGAAAAGACGGACGUGUUAACAAGUGCAGGUAAAGCGAAUUUGUCUUCCAUGCGGUUCAGUUCUGAGGAUUUACCGCUGAAUACAACUGUCUGAAACAGAUUACGAGGAAAAUCACAGGACAUGCAAAGUACAACAUCAUCAGCGAUGAAUAUAGCUUCAGAAUUUGAUUAAUUUUUUGCCUAGUUUAAGUUCGGCACUGUGUCACACGAUUGUCUCGGAUAAAUUGUUUUCCCUAGUCUGACAUUCGUUAAGAGCAACUGUGAACUUUUAUCAUCCGGUUUUAAAUUUCUUUCCGGUCGUCCAAAAAAUUACGUUAUUGUGAUAAACCUGCAUUUCAUGAAAAUACUGUGAUAAAUCACUCGAUUCGACUACUCCAAUCGCUUCUUUAGAAGAAAUGGACAAGUAUAAGUCGCGUCAUUCCAAGAACCAGCAAUAAUUAGUGCGUGUCGUGUAAUUUUCACUAAAAUUACUAAAAAUGUGGUCUUUCCUCUAGGUAAUAAUUAUAUGGUGAGUUCGAAUUCUGAACCGGAUACAGCGACAAGUUUCUUGUACGGAUUUAUCUCUUGAGCGUAUUGCUACAAAUUAUUUUCAUUUCUGCGGUAAAAAUAGAAUAAUAUACUCUCCAAGGUCCACUCACUGAAAAAUCGUAUAGAUACUGAGUGCUUAAGGGCAGUGAAUUGUCGAUUGCACAUUCUUUAAGGUGAAAAAACUUGCAUCUUAGGAGAGGUCUGAAAGACCAACAGGCUUCAUGGUGACGAAAUACCUGUUGAAAAUUAAGAUACUUCUCGGUUGAAAAACUUCGCAGGCAACGAAUGAACAUCUUCUUCACGAACAGAAUGCGGACUUGAAAGUAAUUCGAAUUUUUUUUUCUGUUCUGCGAGAUCUGUUCGACACAGCAAAAGCGACGAGGUGUGAAUCGUAGUGAUAAAACGGUGUUAACGAUCUCAAAGCGAGGAUUGUAGUGCCUUCACGCGGGACAGCAGUAUCGACGCAGUGUACACACGCGUGCCAAGUACAUAGUGUAAAAUAUCCUAACAAGGGGCAUCAAGAGAAACACUCCGGCAGGAGUCUCGUGUCCGUAACGUAACGUGCGGUGCGUUACGGAGAGUAACCAUGCAGUAACGCCGGCGGCAUGGCGCGAAUUCGGACAGCGGCAGUGCUUUGAAAAGUGAUUCGAGGGCUUCGGAUGUGCUUGUGAUUUUGGCGGGGUGCGUUAGAUGCAUCUCCCCCUGGGGGUCAUGACGACGGAUUCGACGGGCUCGAAGAAGCGUCGGCGCGGGGGGGCGUCCGAGGGAGGCGGCGGCGGCGGCGGCGGGGGUGGGGAGGCGGCGACGGCGACGGAUGACCUCUGGUGGACCGAGCGGAUCAUCUGCGACGUCCAAGCGGAGCACGCCGGCGAGCUCAUCCGAACGGGGAGUCCGUACUUCCUCUGCUCGGCGCUGCCCACCCACUGGCGCUCCAACAAGACCCUGCCGAUGGCCUUCAAGGUGGUCGCCCUCGGCGACGUCGUCGACGGCACCGUCGUCACCAUCCGGGCCGGCAACGACGAGAACUUCUGCGCCGAGCUCCGAAACUGCACCGCCGUCAUGAAGAACCAAGUGGCCAAGUUCAACGACCUCCGAUUCGUCGGCAGGAGCGGUAGAGGAAAAAGCUUUAGCAUUACAAUUACGGUUGGCUCAUGUCCACCACAAGUAGCAACUUACGUGAAAGCGAUCAAGGUCACCGUUGAUGGACCCAGAGAGCCACGAUCAAAAACGCGCCAAGUUCACCAAUUUCGGGCGAUGGCGUUAGGGCAAAGACCGUUCCUGGAUUCACCCUUCACGAAUCAUUUGCGGGAGUUAGAAAGUUAUAGGCGGACUAAAAACGAGAACCAAACGCAAGUUGCAGCAACCAACAAUUCGUACAAAGCAUUAAACCAAACCAGCCAAUCCCAAGAGAGUGCAAUGGUGAUCGGGGGCGAAUCUUCUUGGGGUCCAUACAAUGCCGGUUACUCCACCUCACCGACGGGCUACCUUCCCAAUUACCACGGCACCGAGCCGCCCACUUUCGAAUCGCCUGUAAAUACUCAUGUUCCUGCAUUCUCCGAGCACUCGGCGAUCCCCAACAACGAGUACAGCAUGUACUCGACCCGGAGCGCCUCGAGCGCGGAGAGCGACCCGCUGGCCACGUACCAGGGCAGCGGCGGCGGAGGCAGUCGCUACGACGGCGGCGACUACCAGAACGCGAGCGCGCACUGCACGCCCACGCCCGGCGGCGCCACCUACUGGACCAACAACGGGACCACGGCCCAGGGCUACAACUACCCCAACUACUACGGCGGCAACGGCGGCUCGACGGCCGUCCAGCCCUACGUGGCGCCGCAUCCGCACCCCCAUCCGCCGCCACCCCCGCCUCCGCCCCCUCCGCCGACCAUGGUCCUCUACCCGCACCUCUACUCGACGGUGAACCAGAACCAGAUCCACCUCCACCUCCACCACAGCGAGAUCAACAAGCCGAUCGAGCAGUUCGCCGAGGACGUCUCGUCCAUCGUCGGCGGCAACAACCUCACCAUCAGCUCCGGCGGGAACCGCGGUAUCGAGAUCGGCAUCCUCCACCACAACCAGAUCCAGGAGGAGGCCCAGGAUGUCGUCAUCACUCGUUACAACGACAGGCAGCACGCCGAUCCGUCCGUUUGGCGACCCUAUUGAGCUUUAAAGCCGGAGUGAGGGCGGAACGCAGAUGCUGUGGGGCGAUUAUUGAACUCGAUAGACAAACCAAUAGACGAAGAAGACAAAAGAGAUCGACCAAUCGGUUGAAAAGGAUGGUUCCUAUAUACUAAGGGAGGAAAUGGUGGACUAGCUGUGGGGACUAUCGCGGGUUGCCGUUAGUUAGUCGACUACGUACCCCCUUUGUCCGUUGCGACCACCUGCUUCUUCCAAGAGGAUCUCUGCAUAUUCCUUUCGUCUUCUUUGUCUGCAGCUUUGUCUAUCAAUUUCAAUAAUCGGUCCGCUGGUCAGCUACGGGAUGACCUUGGACUACCGCAUGAUCUGAUUCGGGAACUUUGUACCUUCAGACCAAUACAAAUUAUAAGUAAUUGAUUACAUCAAACUUUUGCAUGAACCCGUGCAAAAUUCUUGAUCACACUGUUGUGUAUAACCCAUUCUUCGACAAAUGAGUAUAACCCAUUCUUCGACAAAUGAGUCCCCUUCUUUAUCAUUUGUCCGGAGGUUAAGUCAUGUUAAGAUCACGGGAGAAAAAAUCGGAAGUAUUCAACUUACUUUAGUAUGAUUUUGAGCAAAGCCGCGAAGUGAGCCUUUCAACCGAGCUCGAGCUCUUUCUGCAGAGAGGAUCAGUUGGGAGGAUCAACAUGAUUUCCACAUGUGCUUGCUCAAAUGUGCAUAUCAGACUGACCGAUUCGGGUAAAUUAUCUUCACUGUAGCAUGAGCUCGGGCGAAAUGAUUGCUUCGCGUAAGUGCUACAAAUCAUUGGAAAGGAAGAUAAACUCUGCCGAUUUUUUAAUCUAGUGACUUCGUACACUUCACUAAUAACGUUUUCACAGGAGCACCCUGAAUUUAAUAAGAGGGAGGCCUCUCGCAGGGUGGCUAGCGAAAGUUCAUUUUAUCAUCCCCUGCUUUCUUAUGAAAUCCUCUAACUUUUUUACUAACGAUAACGAUAUGGGCACAUAAUUAACGUGGUUAAAACGUUGGCACAACAACGCAACUAGUUGGCCCGUCACGGACCCGAUUUUAAAAUGAAACCCGACUCCACAAAAAAUUCUCUGACCAUUGAGGAAAUUCCCUGAGUUUUCACGGUCGAGUUGCAGCAUUCCACGACUUUCCCCGGUCGCUAGCCACCUCGUCUUGGAAAAAAGAUUUGGAAAUUACAUCUUCAUAUAACUUCGUGAAGAAAAAUGUUUGUUUACUUUGAACGAGGCUAGGCUCUUGAUUCUGAACCGUACGCGAUAAAGUUGCGCCUGGUCACAACCCAUUCACUCUGAGAAACUUGGGGUCAAAAUUCACGUUCUACCUUCGCGUGCUAUGUCUAAGGAGGUUCGACUUAAGUUGUGGUUAUUAUGAUGGUUUGAUGACUUUCACAAAGAAAUUCUGGAAAAGGUAUAAUAUGUUGAUAUGAGAAAUAGUUUAUAAUCAAGGAUUCUAUUUUGGUUCAAUUUUUUUCAACUCCAAAAGACGAAGCAAUUAAAAAAGAGACAACUCGCUAUAAUUUUUACGGACCGAGAAUUAUUUCACAAGAUUUAUUCGUAAGAUUAUAAGAUCUGUUUUUCGACGAGAAAUCCAUGCGUCCAUGCAUUGAGACUGAGUCAGAUGAAACAUUAACGCACAAGUUGUACUCAUGUGACCCUUUGUUUAGUCGCAGUUAUUUGGGUACUGCAAUGAAUUAUUGGACGAGAAUCAUGUCAAUUGAUUUUUACUGUGAUUGUGUAAUACGCGAGAAGUAAAAAAAGUUCUCGUUUUGAAAAUAAAGAGGGAAAAAAAGGAAAACAGUCAGAAUAUCACAAGGCGUGUGAGUGAAACUAAGUGAAAGUUCAUCCAAAUUUUCGGAUCAUGAAACCUUCAGUCAAUGGGGGUGGGUUCUUCCGUUACACUUUGCGUUAUGUAAAAAUCAAAAUUAGCGAUAAUUAUUACUUUAGUUGAAUUAUUGUGAUUAUACUUCAUCGUUUAAAAUAUGUACAUUUUUAGUAGAAAAUAUUUUCUCCUCCUGUUCAUUUUUGUUUCUUCGUGUAUAUUCUGUGUAAGUAUUGAUGUAAAUGCGCUUUGUAACUUGGUGUACAGUUAUUUGAUGAUUGAUCUCGAAUAGCACAUUGUUAAGAAAAAUUAAAUGAUGAAUAUUUUAAAGUAACGUGUA